ACUUGUUCUACUGAACGCGGCCAUUGUGCAUAGAGCGUAAUUCAGGAUUUACCUUUGACUCUUGUAGAACCUUAAUUUUGCUACUCGCAACUUUUAAUAUUCAUUAAACAAUAAGGCAUGUUAGUUAUGGCUUCUUCUCUGAAUUAUGAUUUAAAAGAGAGAUUAGACGAUAGUUUUACAGAUUCGGCAAUGUUGAGUUCACUAUGCAAAAGUAUAGCAAUAGAAAUAACAUCAGGUUCUAUGAAACUUUUUACAUUUGUGGAAACACUGAGUUCCUACACAACGAGUGAAAAUGUUCUUAUAAGGGAAAAAGGUGUUACAGUUCUUUCUUCUGUUUUAUCACAAUUACCUCGAAAUUAUCUUAAUGAAUCAGAGCUACAUUUUAUCACAAUGUUUUAUUGUGACAGGCUAAGGGAUCAUGAUAAAGUUAUAUUAUCUGUGUUAAAUGGUAUUCUUGCAAUUGUUAACAUGAGUUAUUUACCUCAAGAUUUGCUACUAUUUCUCUUAAGAUCGAUAUUUGAGCAUAUUCAGUGUCAAUCUCAACUUGUACAAGAACGUCAUAAUAUAUAUUUAAUAUUUAAAACUAUAAUAGAAAACAGAUUAGAUGAUUUGAAACCCAUGGGACUAGAUUUAGUUGAUGGUAUCAUUAGCACAAUUGAUGGUGAAAGAGAUCCAAAUAAUCUCUUGUUAUUAUUUACUAUAUUACCAUGUAUUAUAAAAGAAUUUCCAUUGGGUCAUUUAACUGAAGAAAUGUUUGCAGUUGUGGCAUGCUACUUUCCUAUUGAUUUUAAUUCUUCUGGCAGAGGGGAUCUGAGUUUGACAAGGGAAAAUUUAGUAGAGAAAUUAGCACCUUGUUUAUAUGCUACCUCAGAUUUUGUGAAUUAUUGUAUACCUAUUAUAAUUGAGAAAUUAUAUUCUACUCAUCGAAUUGCUAAACUUGAUAGCUUGAAUUUGCUACAUGAAAGUGUUCAAACGUUUGGUGCAUUAAAACUGCAACAAUACUUAUAUGAUUUAUGGGCAGCUUUGAGGAAAGAACUUAUGCCUGUGAAAGAUGUUGAGAUAGCAGAUGCUGCUCUGGAAGCAAUUGUAUCUUUAAUUAGAGUGAUAUCUACCAAUAAAAUUUCUUGCAAAGAUUUUGUUGACAAAAUAAUUGCUGACACAAAACCAUCAUUAUGCAAUGUGCAACUUAGUUUAUACAAACCAGCUGAAAAACUAUUAGAAACAAUAGCAACAAUCAGUAAAGAAAUAUGUAUACAAGUUGUGUUAGCUAUAAUACCUGUAUGUAUUGGACAAUACUCCACAAAUAUUUCAUGGGAUGAUAAAAUUGAGUUGAUAAAGACUUUAAAUGGUGUUAUGAAAGUAUGUUUUGACCAUAGAUUUUGCAUUCAGGAUAUUCCAGAAUUAAGGUGGACAAAUAUAUCUCAAAUAUACUUAGAUGGCCUGGCAGUAGAAAACAUUAAACUAAGAAGUAAAAUGUUCUUUGGUUUAGUAAUUCAAAGGUCAUAUCUAAAUGAGACACAACGUUCUAUAUUGUAUAACGCAAUAUAUGAUCAAAUUGAAACGGGAUGCGAUAAAAUACAAACUGUAUGUCACACUACCAUUCUAGAAUUUGCUGUAUUGUAUCCUCAAGAAAUAACAUUGUUGCUUAAAAAGAGGUUUUUAUUAAACGCAGAUAAAAUGACGGUUAACUUAUUGAAACGUAAAAUAAGAACUUUAUUAGCAAUCGCAAAACUACGUGAAUUGGGAUGCAUGAUUCUACCAGAAAUUGUUACAAUGUUAACCAACAGCGUUAAUACUGAUGUAUACGUUACAAUAUUACUGAAUAUUCAGAAGCUGAUCGCUUCAGGAAAAUCCGAUUUUAAUGUACAUCAGUUUCUUUAUGAGGAAUGUCAUAUUAUAGAUAAAUUAAUUUCGUACGAAACAAACUGUAUUGAUCAUAAAAUGCUGAUGUAUAACGUUUGCCAAUUAAUUAUACGAAAUCUCACAGCUGAAAAACAACGUACGAUUGUGAUGAAGUACGCUGUGGUUUUGAAUGCGAAAUUUCCAGAAAUAGACAUUGUUAUGAUAAUGAAUCUUUUGAUCCCUCUGCGGAAAGACGUAAUCUUAUGUAUUAGCGAUAAUAUGAUAGAAAAUCUAUGCAAUCUGGCCAUUAGCAAUCAUAAUCCGCAGUAUACAAGACAAAUAGCAUGUAAAUUUUUAUCUAUUUUAUUAAAUAAAAUUAAGAUCGGAGAUCUUGAUCGAAUUUUAUCUUAUCUUGAAGAAAAAAUAAACAAUAAUUUAAAAGCAGUUGACGUGGAACUGGAGCAUGUAGUUGAUUUACAUAUUUGGAUAACUAAAGCGCUCAUCAUGAGAGGAGUUGGGAAGUCUCAAAAUCUCUUAAAGAAUCUCAUACAUUUACUAAAUCACGAUCGAGUAGGUCGAUACGUGAGUCAACAAUAUCAAGUUUUAGUAAACAAUCAUGAGGACGUUUUAGUAAAGGAAAAUUUCUGCGAUAUUAAAUUUCUUUACAAACAAAGGAUAUUUGAAUAUUUAUUGCAACAAAAUAGCAAUUUCAUAAAUUCAACGAGGCUGAAUUAUCUUAUCGCAUUAGUGUAUUUGUUAGAAGAAAUACCUACGGAAUUAAAAUUUUUACAUUUAGCCGAGCUAGUGCCACUGUUAAUAGAGUCAUUGUCUCUCAACGAUAUGCAAUUGGUUCUCUGGGCAUUGAGAUCACUCAAGUCUUUAAUUAAUACCAAACAUGAUAUACUUUCUAAUAACGUACAAUGUAUUAUACCGAGACUCUUACAAUUAAUGAUGAAAGAAAUCAUGCAUGUUAGAAUUGCAGCAUUGGAAUGCUUGAUAUAUUAUGCCAAUUAUCCCACUGUCUUAAUUUAUCCGUACAAAUGGCUCGUAUUAGACAACCUGGGAAUUACAAUCGACGACCGUAAACGUUUAGUUAGGAAAGCUGCGGUAGAAGCGAGGACACGAUGGUUCAUAGUGGGUGUAUCUGAAGAAUCAAAAAAUGAAUGAUUACUUAAACCUGUCUCUAUGUAAAUAUUCUGUAUAAUAACUGUCUAUCCUCUGUAAUACUUUCUGUAAUAAAAUGUAAAUUUCUAUCGAAUACUAACGUGCCACAGUCAGAAAUGAA